AUGACCCAAGAACAGAUGCUCGCAGAGCUGAAGAAAGAUGUGCGCUCUCUCCUUAUGUCGGCUAAAAUGGGCCUAGCCUCCGACCAACUGAAACGGGAUUAUGCCAACAUGGUUGGCCAUCCACUUCCUCUGAGGUCCCUUGGGUUCCGCAACGUGCUGGACAUGGUCAGGGAGAUGCCAGAUGUGGUUGCCUUGGACUACCUGGCAGAUGGCAGCUUGGUGUUAAAAGCUAUUUCAGACGAGAGCACCCGAGGCAUUGAAGAGCUGGUGGCCAGGCAGCGCGUCGCCAAAGGCAAGACCUCCAACCGAAAGGGCGGCAUGGCCUUCUUCUCCCCCCGCUACCUCCACCGCUCUGGUCCCAUCACCCCCAUGGUGCUGCCCAGGCGGGGAUGGGCUCCACCGGCCCUCCCCGCCCAGCUCCGCGCCCAGCUCCGCGUGCUGCUCUCCCAGGGGCCCAUCAGCCUGUCGGCGCUUGAGGCUUCCUUCGCCCGCUGCUUCGGCCAGCCGCUGCGUGUCACCAACUACGGCUUCUACUCCGUCGCGGAGAUGCUGGGGGCUGCGGGGGACAUGGUGGCGGUCCAGCAGGGCCGGACGGGCUCCGUGCUGAGCCUGAAGGGGCAGCCGCCGUUCACGCCCCGGCUCAGGACCCAGCCGGCGACGACGCCUUCCCUGAAGCCAUCCAAGCCCACCAUGACAAUUGAGGCGGCCGUGAGGCCAGCGGUGAAUUCGCAAGCUCCAGUGGACAGCCCCAGGCCGCCGAGCGCUCAGAACCAUGUGGCGUGUCUCUCCAAGCCCCCGGUCACCACAAGCCCCUGCCCAGGGCCCACAGUGACGAGCCAGCACAGCCCAGGGGCCACAGAGAGGGGCCAGCACAGCCCAGGGGCCACAGAGAGGGGCCAGCACAGCCCAGGGGCCACAAAGAGGGGCCAGCACGGCCCAGGGGCCACAGAGAGAGGCCAGCACAUGGAGCCCACCACACCUGAGCCCCAGCCUCCCUGUGGGGACCAGCUGUUUCAGGAGUGCAUCAUCAAGCUUGAGAAGGAAAUGCAGCAAUGCAUCCUGGAGAAUGGACAUGCAGGCACAGUCAGCUCCCAGCUGAAGACCAGGCUCCGACAGGUGGUCAGUCAGAACAGUGAAGGGAUAUCUGUACAUGAUAUCCCUUCAGAAUACAAGAGGGCGUUUGGGGAGGAGCUACCCGUGAUCCAGAGUGGCUUCCUGAGCGUGACGGAGAUGGCGGGCGCUCUGAACGACACGCUCCACCUCAAACCCGUGAAGGAGGGCGAGGGGGUCCGCUGGAUGGUCACGGACAUCAAACACACCAGCCAAUCCCAGCCAGAGCCCAGCCGUCCUGGUGGAGAGGAGAGUGGGCAGGGUCUCAACCCAUCCAGAGCAGGGUACUACCUCAGCUGCAAGGAGUCCCCCUGGGAAGGCCCAGAGAGUGACCCUGUUGCCGAGGACGAUGACCCCCCAGGGUCUGACAAGGCGCUUGGCACCAACAAAACCUACCACCAGGCGGCAGAUCCGUACCCCACCAUGCGGGUAAUCAUGGGUGGCGAGGCGCGGGUGCCCCCCGACGCCCUGCGCGGACAGCGCUUGCGGGCGCCCACCCGCAGAAGCCCCCGGGCCCUGGUGCCCGUGCUGGUGGAGCGGGUGGAGUCGCCGAGCCACUUCUACCUGCGCUUCGACGAGAACCAGGAGACCCGCGCCCUGGAGAACAUGAUGAUCGAGAUGAGGAGCUGCUACACCUGUCCCAAGGUGUCGGAGCGCUACCGCCUCCCCCCUCGCUACGUACGGCGGGGCCAGGCGUGCUGCGUGGCGCCCAGGAACAUGUGGUUCUACCGCGUGGUCGUCCACCGCGUGCUCAGCGACACCCAGGUCGAGGUCUACUACGUGGACUUUGGAGACCUCACCAGCGUGGACCGCGCCAGCCUCAAGUUCCUCAAGUCUUGUUAUUCUGAGCUCCCAGCACAAGCGGUCCCCUCAUGUCUAGUUGGAGUCAAGCCUAUCAGAGCCGAGUGGAGCGCCGAGGCCACCGGCUCCUUCCAGAAGCUGUGCUGUGAGCGCACCCUGGUGGCCGCCCUCCACAGCUACCAGCAGGACUUCCUGCAGCUGUUCCUGUGCGACACGCACACGGAGGAGGACGUGUAUGUGCACAGCGCCCUGCAGGACCAGGGCCACGGCCUCCACUGCAGCUCCUCUGCCAGCGCCGCGCACUGUGGCCAGUUGAACCCCGUGACCCUGUACCUCGGGGAGGGCGUGUUUGACGAAGGGAUGGAGAUAGAGGACGAGCCGUGCCCAACAGAGCCCAGCCUCGACACCCCCACAACUCCACAACCCAGGCCCUCUCCCUCCCCACCGCUGAAGGAUUACAAGCUGGACCAGUUUGAGACGCUGAGGAGGGAGGAGCCAGCCCUGUGCUGCAGCGUCUGGGACCAGGCCUGGACACCGGACCCCGAUCCCAGAGAGGUGAGGGGGGGAGCAGGGAGGGGCCACCGCCCUGUGCUAAACGACUAA